AGACCAGUGGUGCCAAGAAGAUCUACGUGCUGACUAAGCUGCGGGACUAAAGACAGCGGAACGAAAACUGCAUAGAUUUUGACUUCAAGGGUGUACAGUGUACACCAUGGCGAAAACCGAAUUAAUCGACUCCCAUGUUUCCGUGAAACAGUGCACACGAGCCCAAUAUGUGUGGCUACAGAUCACAGUGAAGCGGAUGCAUCCCGAACACAAGAUCAAACCAUUCAAAAUCCCACUCAAGCAUCCUCUCAUCGAUCCACGAGUUACGCCUGUCUGUCUCAUCACCAAAGACCCUCAACGAGAGUACAAAGACCUUCUCGAGUCUCAUAAAAUCAAAUUUAUAUCAAGGGUCGUUGGCAUCACAAAACUCAAGGGCAAAUUCAAGUCCUACGAAGCUAGGCGAAUGCUGUUAAAAGAGAAUGGAAUGUUUCUGGCAGACGAGCGUGUAAUUCCUUUACUGCCGGGCUUGUUGGGAAAGAAGUGGUUUGACGCAAAAAAACAGCCAAUCCCGGUUUGCUUGACACGCAAAGACCUCAAGGGUGAAUUAGAACGAGCCAUCGAGUCGAGCUACAUGCAUCAGAAUAGAGGAACGUGCACGUCUGUUAAGAUCGGACUACUAUCACACACGCCAGAAAAAAUCCUCGACAACAUGAAAAUAUCUUUUCCCGCCAUCGUGAAAAAUAUAAAGGGUAACUGGGAUAACAUUCAAAGUCUUCACAUCAAGACGAAUUCAAGUAUCAGCUUACCGAUAUGGACAUGCGAACUCGGAGAUGCGACCGGUGGACGGUGGGAUGGUAUGGUCCAAUCCAAGGACGCAUCUGAGGAGAGUAAGUUGGAUGAAGACCCUGCUUCCAACGACACAGACAUGGAUUUGGAAGAACAUGUACCGGAAGUGCCAGUUAGCAAGAGCAAGAGCAAAGGUACGAAGAAACCCCUGAACGAGGUUGUCGUGAAGUCGGUUACGCCGAAGGAGGUGAAACAAAAACGGAGUACUGAAGGAGCAGAAAAGAAGAAAGCGAAGAUUGCAAAAGGUGGCCCAGUAAAGAGUGCGAAGAGUGCCCUCAUUGGCAAGAAGCCAGGUCGACCGUGAUUCUGCUGGGUGGCGGCGUAGUAUGUCAUCGAGCAGAUAUGUAUCACUGGUGUUGUUUGCGAGCUUGUUCGGAUAUAUCCCUUUUCCCCAGGCAUAUAAUGCCAGCUGACAAAACGCCAUUGUUUGCAUUUCCCU